UGUCUAAUCUCGGACGCGAGCGACCAUGGCCGCGCCGUUCGCAAACGGCACAGGCAAUGAGGAAAGGACUCGAGAAGCAGCACCCGACUCGCUCUCAGGCCUCAGCUCCCUACUUACGAGCACCGACAAUGCCGCGUCGCAAGCAUACCUGAACCACCUCACAACGCUCCCACUCUCCACCCUCGUCGUCGAGCCCGAGACAUUGCAAACCCAAGCGCAUCACUUGACUUCAAGUCUGACCACGCUCACGCUCACAUCUUACCCCACCUUUCUCUCGCUGCACCAGACGACUGCCGCAUUGACCGCUUCCCUCACAUCCCUCGAGUCGUCAUUAGACGCACUGCUUAAUACGAGUCUUCCCGCGCUAGAGAGCAGCGCGGCCAGCUGGAAAUCGAGGACGGAUGACGUUCUGUCUGAGCGGCGGAAGGCACGCGUCGUGCUCGAGCAGCACGAUAAAAUACGCGACCUGCUGGAGAUCCCUAUGCUCAUUGAUACCUGCGUGCGGAACGGCUAUUUCGCAGAAGCGCUGUCCCUGGCCUCCCAUGCGCGCUCGGUCUCGUUAGCACCUGUGCCGAAGAUUCUCACCUCCGUCUUGGCCGAGGUGCAGAACUCGAUGACGCAGAUGAUGCUUUCGCUGUUGUCGACGCUACACGAGCCGAGCCGGAAACUUCCUGCCUUGUGGAAGGCUGUCAACUUUCUGCGGAAGAUGGAGGUGUUUGAUGAGAGCAGCGGGGUCAGCGGAGAAGAGCAGAUCGCGCUUGCGUUUCUCGGAGGCAGGGAAGCCUGCUUACGGACAGCGUUGGAAGGCAUCUCGCGGGACGUUCUCCGGCUAGCCGGGGGGACGGGCAUCGGAGAUCGCGAGAAGGAGGACCUGGCGCGAUUUCUGAAGAAGUACAUCGACGCGUGGCGAGAAGGUGUUCACGAUGUCGUGACACAGUUCACGACGAUCUUCCUGGAGCGUUCUCCGGCCCCGGCGUCGCCUGCUACCAGUGUGUUUGCGUUGCAUUCCUUGCUAACGACGUAUACAACGCAAGCUCUGACGACGCAUCUUCUGCCGAUCCUCUCCCAAACGCUGUCUGUGCUCCCCAUCUCGGCGUUGCCAUCGCUGCUGACCCAGUUGACCUAUUGCGCGACUGCUUUUGCACGUGUCGGACUGGACUUCCGGGGUGUCUUGAGCGGCCUGUUUUGCACAGCCGUCCUGGCCACGGUCGGCGCAGACCUGAAAGCAGUCGGCGCGAAGUGGAUCGAACGUGUAUCUUCGGCCACUGGCGACAUCACACCUCCGUCGACGUCUUUGCGCAAGGGGACCAAGAUCACUGCGCCCUCUCAGUGGCUGAUCGUGCCGUCUCUGGCAGCCUCUCCCCCAGAGGGCCCUUUUCCGGAAUCCGCAGCGCAUGUCCCCCCGCAGGUCAUUGCUUCGUAUCCGCCUCUCGCUGAAUACACCAACGCUGUUCUCACCGUGCUCAACGGCAUGCGAUUGCUGGCGCCGAUCUCAAUCUGCGAUCAACUCCGAUCAGUGUUGGACGGUGUCUUAUCAGACAGCGGGGCAGCAUUGCGCUCUUACGUCCGUCGUUCUUGUGAUGGACAGGAUCUGAGGACGGCGACGAGUGAGGAACGGGAGCGGGAGGAGCGGAUUGCGGUUGCUGCCGGGCAGAUAUUUUUUACCGUGCUUACCCCCUUUUUGCGGAGGGCACUUUCGGAGGGAGUGUAUGGGACACCGCUCUCGGACGACGUUUUAGAAGGCGUACGAGAAUGGGAGAGUUGGUUAGCGAUCAGGACCGGAGAGUAGGUACCAAGAUAGCCUCGAUUAUUUUUAGCCGGCACGAUCUCGGGACUGCGGUUGUCAAGAACCGGAUCUCUUGUACAUACUUGUUGUGAGGUGCAAAUGUUACUGUGGCAGUAGCGAUCAACGUCGUUUCUCUCCCUCCCUCCCUCCCUCCCUCCCUCUUCCAUCGCCUGUCCCUACCCUGCCUGCUCCAUGCAGCGCGUUUGGUCCACGUAUCUUGACGGCCGGGGGCGACCAGAGCAACGGGUCCACCGCAGAGAGGUGCGUUGACUACGCGAGAGGAUGACGGCACGGACUUACGCUCAAGAUGCUUAUUCUCGUGGCGUACAGAACUCUUCCAGGGACUCCUCCGUCGCGCCGUCUAUGAUGUCCCAGAUCGCCCUCGUCCCCAACGCCGCUGGCUUCUCCGACCAGCAGCACCUGAAUCCUCCCCACGCUCCUUUCGCGGAAUCCACAGCAGGCUCCAGCCGGGCAAGCUCCCCUGGACCCAUGUUCAACGGAUCGAGCCUCUCACUCACUGUCAACUACAUUCCCUCCAAACUCCCCGCGCUCUCGUCGGGGGCGCGGAAACGACGCACGGGCAAGGGCAGCGGGGGGCCCUUCCCGAAGCAGGGCGGCGGCGUGGACGCCUUCCGGAGCGGCGCCGCGCGGAUCCCGGGGCAGCACGACGAGGACUUCGACUCGGGGUGGCUGAACGGGCGGGGGGGCGGCCCGAAGCUGCGCUGGACGCCGUUCAAGUGGAUCCUGCUGCUGACGAACACGCUGCUCGCGGCGUACUCGCUCGUCGCGCUCGUGUUCUGCCUGCUGACGUGGUUCGACGUGUGGAGCCACGCGGACGUCGUCCGCGUCGCGAACCGCCCGGAGCUGGUGCUCUCGACGCUGGCGGCGGCGGCGGCGCUGUUCACGUCGCUCAUCGGCUUCGCGGGGAUCCUGCUGAACAACCGGCCGUUCCUCGCGGUGUACACGUUCCUGCUGUGGGUGUGCUUUGGGCUGCUCGUCGUGCCCGGGUACCUAACGUACAAGCACCGGAACCUGAACGUCGAGGGCAAGGUGAACAACCAGUGGUCGCGCGAUCUGAGCGCGGAGGACCGCCUGCGGAUCCAGAACCAGCUCCGGUGCUGUGGGUACUUCUCGCCGUUCGUCGAGGCGACGGUGAGCGCGACGUGCUACGCGCGCAGUCUGCUGCCCGGGUGCAAGGCGCCGUACCUCGAUUUUGAGAAGAAGGUGCUCGAGCGGUGGUACAUCGUGUCCUUCGGCCUCGUUCCGGCGCACAUCGGCGUGAUCGUCGCCGGCCUGCUGUGCUCGAACCACGUCACGUACCGGUUCGGGAAGGGGAUGACGCCCAAGGCCUACCAGCUGACCAUGGAUAGCAUGGCUGUUAUCAUGGACAACUACGCUAGCCGGCUCGCAGAGCAGUACGGCCCGGAGGUGGCGACGAAGGUGCUCAACCACUCGCGCUCGAACCUCGACCUGCCCGCAACGUACACGAGCGGGAGCGCGCCGCAUCGGCCGGGGCACAUGCGCAACCGGUCGCAGUCAUGACCCCCAUUUGUAUAUACCCCCCACAUCGAUACCGGACCCGCUGGUUGUACGGGCUUCACGGACUGCUGCUGCUUGUUAUUCGUAAAGUUAUUGCGCAGUUGUUGUUGUGCUCUGCCCACACGUUGUAAUGGAUUUUUUCCCCUUUCUCG